AUGCCGGCCUUCUAUUACAAUCCUUCCAUCAUCUUCAUCAUUGGCUAUUGCUUGUGGACAAGUCUGGUUGUCUUCCAAGGGUGGAAUCUGGGCGAUGGGUCUAUCAGUGACUGUAGAGAAGUGUUCUGGAUCCACAUGGUCUUUGGCAGAGAGGACAUACGUGCUGGUUGGUGGUCUUUAGACACAGGGUCAUUCCAGGAGUGCUUCCUCCUCCGGAACUUCUCCUCUCUCUACGCCGUGGUCUCCGCUCUCCAUUCGACUCCCAUCCAUCGGCUCAAGAGGACGUGGGAGGAGACCUCCAGGGACUGCCUCCGCUGCUACGAGGAGCUGAGUGCCGUCUGCUCCGAGGAGGACAACUACAGCCAAAGCCGGAGGCUCCUCUUCCAGGAAGGGCCCCCUCGAGGAUCCCCCGGGAUGGAGCCCACCCUCCGGCGGCACCAUCACCACCAUCACCACCGGCGGUCCCUGGAGCAACGCCCCACGGGGGUGGUCCCUUACCUGGGCACAUUCCUGAAGGACCUGGUGAUGCUGGACGCAGCCGCAAAGAACCGCCUAAAGAACGGCUACAUCAACUUUGAGAAGCACCGGAAGGAGUUUGAGAUCAUGACCCAGCUGCGCCUCCUGCAAGCCAACUGCCGUAACUACGCCCUGAGCCCGGACCCUUCUCUCCAGAGGUGGUUCCAGCGCCUGCCCAGCCUCAGCGAGACCCAAAGCUACCAGCUCUCCUGCGCCAUCGAGCCACCGGUGGAAGGAGGGACCCCCGCCAAGGCCGGGAAGCCCACCCUGGUCAUCACCCACUGCACCGACCUCCUCACCUCCCUCAGCAUGAGCACCCUCGUCCCCUGGGACCGGUCCUGCUCCUCGAACCCACCUCCAGACCUGCUUCUGCCUCCCACGUCGCCUGACCGGGGACAAACACGCCACAACCAGCACACCAAGUGGCCCUCGGUCUCCGCCUUGGACUCGGCCCCCGACAGCACCGCCCCACCUUCCCCAGGGGGACUGGCCCCUCCUCCGCCCCAAGGGGGGACCUUCGUCAAGGGCCACCGCCGCUCCGCUUCCUGUGGGUCGGCCUACCCUGCGGGACAGGCAAUGGGGGGCGCUUCCGCUUCCGAGUGCCGCAUCAUCCGCGUCAGCAUGGCCCUGCAGGACGGCACCCUCUACAAGAGCAUCCUGGUCACCAGCCAAGACAAGGCCCCAGUUGUGAUUGCGAAGGCGCUGGAGAAGCACAACCAGGACCGUGGCUUGGCCCCCCAGUACCAACUGGUGCAGCUCCUCCCGGGCGGAAAAGAGCUGGCCUUCCCUCCGACGGCCAACGUCUUCUACGCCAUGAACGGCACCUGCCAGGACUUCAUGCUCCGGGCGAAAGGGGCGCAAGACAAGGCUCUCCCGCCGCCUCCUGUGCCGCUGCCGCCGCCUCCCCCUCCUCCGCCCCCCAGGAGCCCCACCCCCAGGCGCAUGGAAAUCAGCGCCACCUUCCCAAAGAUCAAGGCCACCGGGCGCAAGAUUGCCAGAGCACUCUUCUGACCCAACUGGAAGCCGGGACCCACUUCUAACGGGCAAAAGCAGGCUCCGCCGAGAAAGAAGCGGACUAUGCCGACGCCGGAGGAAUAUCGAGGAACCAGGCGCAUUUGGGAUUCAGAGCCAGGGACAUUCAAAUUCCGUUUGCGGCGCCUGCUAUGCACUUCCUCUCGGCGCCACUACUGACUUCCUCUCUGCUUUUGCAUGGCCCCGUGCCUUAACGGAGUGACAGUCUGCACUGUACCGGCCGAAUGAAGGCGCUGCCCGAGGACCUCGCUUCCUGCUGACGGGAAGCGCCGUCGCAGUUGUUUACGGAAGCGGCCGCCUUGCUCACAAUCUUUAAGCGUGGGCAUUUCUUUUUGCAAAGCCAGAGUGAUCAUGAGCAGCCAUCCUUUUUGCCUUUGUAGCUAAUGCAAUACCAAAACUGGAUCGGAAGGGGAUGGGAGCCUUUUCUCAGGGAGUCUCAGCCAAAGUCCUUACGCCAAACUCAGCCUCAGCUUUUCUUUGCUCCUUGGUGCAAUUACACACUAUUUUUGUAAUUAAAUAAAAGACACUACUUACGAGG